GGCACUUAUGAUGAAAUACAGUAAGCUCCUUACAGAAAUAGUCUGAACUACGUUGAUUUCUUCAUGUUCUGUGAAUCUUGUGGUUCACCUAAACCAAUUUCGCAAAGUGUAAGGGCUUUUGAGUGAUUACUUAUGUAACACUCUAUUAAAAUAACUAUGUAGCAUCUAGGAAACGACGCAAACGACCUAAGUUAUCAGUGCAGCCUGCAUUAACGGCACAUCAGUUGCAUAAAGUGGUGGGCCGUUGCACAACUAUACGCGUUCACUCUCGUUUGUCCCGCGCCAUUGUCGCGCACGCGCACUGGGAACGUUCCCGCGUAAACAGGGCAAAAAGCGCGGGAAAACGCGCCUAAACAAUAACGGCCGACAUAAUGCUCCGAAUGUUAUCUUGCGUUUACAACAUUGCGCAUAUUCUCAGCUCCUCUACUCCGUUCCGAGUCAAUGGCGCAAUCCUUAGAAUAGCCAAUAAACUUUUCAAGAUGAUAGUUAAAAGGUCAAAUACUCAGUUAACUAACUUCAUUUUAUUUUCAAAAUAUUAGAUAUUGUUGGAAAAUUUUCGUGAAUUUUCUUGAUAAUAUCUAAAAAAUGCUCAAAGCAAAUUUUAAGUUCAUAAAUUGAAAAUUGAAUUGAUGGAUUCUUGUUUGUUUUUGCAGUCAAGCAUUAUCAAAUAACUCUGUUGACCGUACUAUUUUGUAAAUAUUUAAGAACAAACGGAAACGCACAAAUACAACUUCUCUUUAAGUAUUGCACAUUUUACAGAAAGAAUUUUGCAUCAAUUCGAAUCGCAAACACAAAACAACAAACAAAUAACCGCAUUGCAAUCCAUGUGUUCAUUCACACAGUGCUGCAAUUGUUUUUGUGGUGAUUAGAUCUGCAGGUACAACUGCUUUCUUAAAGUUAUUGCUGAGGCCAGUCCAAGUACCAGUAUAACAGUAUAGUGAAUUCAAGAAAUUGUGGCGAAAUAUUCGCCCAGAGGACUUCAAAUGUAGCCUCAUCCUAACUUCAUACUUAGUGUUGGAGACAUAAAAAUGGUCAAUGGAAAUUAUAUAGUUUAUGGUGACCGGCCAGCGUCCGAUUCCGAAAUCGUCGAUGACCAUGUACACACACGGACAUCGGAACGCAAAGUCAAAAGGAAACCAAACCGAACGGCUAAUGAACUACAACACUCCCUGAGCUUAGCGCAGAUCGACAAUGAGACUGACUCAAUCAAAUACGAGAAAAGGGUGAAAGAACCAAGAUUACUGCGCUAUGUCCCAACAACAGAUGUUGAAGAAAAUUAUAUUUCCGAAAAAUUCGAGACUUACGAUAUGAAGCCAACGGAAGAACGACCGAGACGAUACGCUUUUACAAAGAAACCUAAAAAUCCAGCGGAUGGUUCUGUGAACUAUGCACAUUCUAGAUCGAGCAGUAGCUGCAGUUCUCCGAAUGGCAACCUUCCCACGAUAUCGGAGCACGGCGAGCAGUACGGCACGUACAGAGUCCGCACCACCAGCCCGCAGUACGUCAGUGAAGUCAUCCCAACCUACGAGAACAAACUAGAAAAAUAUUUCGCGAAGCCUAGGGAAGUAAAGAAAUUCGCUGCCAAGGGUUCACAUCCGGACAGCCUGUACAGGGUGCCAGUGGACGAGGAAGUGGGCUCCAGCAAGCUGGUGAGGGUGCUGCGUGUGAUGAGGUGGCCGAUAGCACUAUUCCUCGUGUGCGUCGCUUUGGCUGUGUUCGUGUACUUCCUCAUGCCCGAUAAUUUGGACUCUGAUCAAGACAAAGUGAACUCUACACACUGGCAAUCAGACCCGGUGGCUGUAGAAGCAGUUCAUUUUCGAGGUCCUUUUGUGACAGAAGCACCCACGUUGGCACCCACGAUUGCACUGAGGCAUAGAAAGAAAGGGAACCAGCCGUCACCACAUCCUGCAACUACAAAACCAAAAGGCACAAAGAUAUCGGAAAUUGAUUUCUACGACCCAGUCAUUGAUAAAAAUGAAGUUUCCUCACCAGCUACAUCCGGGCCUGUAGUUCCGACGAGGAAGCUACCGGUACCUCCAGUAUUUCCCAGCUUAAUCACGCCAGAAGUACAAUACGGUAAUGAAAGAGUUGAUGUAGAUAAAUUAAGAAUACCAAAAGUAUUAGACGAAAAGAACUUGGAACAAGAAGAUUCCACCCUAAAGCCUCAUAUUACCCAAAAACCUGAAAAACCAUUAGCAGUCUCAUUUAAAGAUGCUAUUACUAUUACAAGCCCUAGUACAGAGACUGUAUUUAAAGCAGAAACUAACAAUGAUCUGACGAAUUAUGGAGAAAAGUACACUACAAUUGUUGAUGAGGCACCAAUUAAGACACAACUACCUAUUUACAAAGAUCAUCGCCCGUUAUAUAUUCAAGAAUACAAGAGUAAUGUUAAUAAUAAACAAAAACAAAUAGUACCUGAAGUCCCGAGAUACUACGGUCAGCAGCCUUUGGACUACGAUGUUAAUUUUACCUCUGGUCAUUCAAAAAUAUUUGGGCUCUCCAUUGAAGACGCAGGCAAAAUGAGGUCCACCACUCAAAGCUCGGUGUACAAUACUCGGGUCUCGCCCACUUUACCGACUUGGAAGAACAAAGACGACACCACGACUAAAAAGUACCCUGUUAAUGUUAAUUCUGAAGCUCCCCUAUGUCGUUCAACGCGUUUGGCGUUGUGCCGCGGAGUUUUGCCGUACGACUUGGCAGGCGCUCCGGCCAAGAUCAACAACGUGGAGGUGACGGUUCUCCUGCCGCAGAUCGAGUAUCUGGCUGCCACCAACUGCAGUCAGCGACUGCAAGAGUUCGCCUGCGCGCUGCUCGAGCCCGAAUGCAGCCCGUUCCCGGACCCUGGACAACUUCCGUGCCAGAGCCUGUGCAGAGCCAUCGUGGACAGUUGUGAAAGCCUGAUUCCCCAAGAGCUGGCCGCCAUGUUCAACUGCGAGCAGUUCGCCCGGACGGAGUGUGUCACCGCUAAGGCUCCGUGUAACAAGCGGGAGUUCCCCUGCGCAGACGGCUCAUGCAUGCCCCGGGACUGGAUCUGCGACGGGAACCAGGACUGCCCCAGCGGCGAGGAUGAGAGACAAUGCGCCUUGUGUGCAUUGACUGAGUACAAGUGUCGUACUGGCGGCUGCAUCCUCAAGCGGUGGCUGUGCGACGGAUACGUCGACUGCGCAGGCGGCGAGGACGAGGCGGACGAGACGUGUGAGAGCCUCAAGCAGGAGGGAGCCACUGCCGCCGACCUCGGCGAGCACGCCUCCGCGUCCGCGCCCGCGCCCGCCGUGCGCCGCCCCAGCCGCAUGCCGUCCAAGCACUGGACAGGAGAUAAUUCUAAUGAUAGCAGCAAAGAGUUGUUGAUCACAAGCGACAGCAACAGCGCUUUGAAGAGAAACUUUACUCGCAGACCAUCACCCUCUCGGCUGACGCCUUAUUCCAGGCCUAUGCUCAAAACUAAAACUACUACAUUAAAACCCAUGAAACUAAUUGAAAUGCCGGAAUAUAUCACCACUACCGGCAUACCUCAACAAAAUAAAGUAGAUGCAGAAAAGUCAAAGACCAAUGAUUCUUUAGAAGUCAUAGAACUAAGUGACGUGUUUCUCGAUUUCGAAGAGUUAAAUAAAGAAGAGAAGAAAGGAAAAGUUCCAAGCCAAAUGAAGAAAGCGGGCGCGAUGGUGCCGGGCCCAGAGGAAGUGGAGGAGCCCGUAUCCGUGUCCACUCAUGUCGAUAAAACUUCUAACACGUUAAAUAGAUUCAUCAAUGGUGCUGAUUUGAUGAAGAAAACUAAAGAUGUGGAGAUCGAAGCAACUGAGCCUGAAUCUCUGGAGGCGAACAGCACCUUCAUGGAAAAAGACGAGAACCCAGGAUCGCUGACCUCCCACUCGUCCCCUUGUCCCAACGGGGAGCUGCGCUGCGUGGACGGCCGCUGCAUCACGCUGGAGCAGCUCUGCGACGGAACCAUCGACUGCUCCGACCACGCAGACGAGGACAAUUGCUAUGCGUGAUAAUUAUAUUAUGACACAUUGAGUUAAGUUAUUGUUCUAAUGUGUGUUAAAAUUAUUUUGAGAAACAAGGAAGCCAACAAAAAUGUUUUUCUGCUCGAAAGAGAAAAUGUCUGUAAAAAGAAAAAAUAAUCAAUCUCAAAAUGUAGAUACAGAAGUAGAUAAGUCCCCCCAUAUAAAAUUAAUUGUUUCAAAGUAUUAGGUUGGAGCCUACAAUUUAUGGUUUCUUGAUGUUUUUAGGGCUUUAUCUUAACAGAAUCUUGUCACUUUUUGAAUCUCGCAAAAUUUUAACAAAUUUUGAUGUAGAUAUUAUUUUAAAUUUUACAGUGUAUCUAUAAAUUAUAAUUUAGUUAAAUUAAUGUAUAACGCUGUGAUAAAGCAAUGCAUAAUUAUAAUAUCCAUUCUUUACAUAAUUUUUCUUUGCCUUUUUUGUACACGAAGUUACUAACUACGUAGGUAUUUUAAAAUAAGUAUUUUAUGAGAAUAUAUGGCGCAAGCCUUUAAUCUAUGGUUGUAUUUAAUUUAAGAUAAGACAUUUACGAAUACUUUUCUCGAUUAUUAAUGUAUACAAUACUCAAAUGAAGUAGACUUUCAUGCAAAAUUAUAUACUCAUUAUUAUCAUAGUUAGGUAAAGCUAUUCGAACUACGCAUUUGUAAAUAUAGUGAAAGUAAGUACUAGACAUAUUAUUAUUUAUAUGCCAUUAGGUAAUGAUAAAUUAGGUUGUAACAUUAACGGUUUUAAUUAAAGGUGAAAAUUAAUUCGUAUCCUGCGUACAUUAAAAAAUAUAUGUAGGUAGAAACGGUAGAUAUUGUACUAUCAUCGGUCAAAAUAAAGAAUUUCCAGGUAUUUUUUUCUGUUUCAAAUAGUAUAACUUUUAAGAUUUCUGUUAUGUUAUAAAAAUAAUUUAAUGUCAACAAGUUUAACAAAUAUUGCAGGUUAAGAUCCUGGUAAUGAUAAUUAGUAAAAAUCCCAGAUUAAAUUACGAGGGCCUAUUUUGAGAUCUCACAGAUGAUUAAAAAAUCCUGUAAAAUAAGCCUAUGUUCCAAAUUGAUAAGCAAACAAAGUUAGUCCACUUACUGGCAUAUUGCUUUUAUAUUGUUCGUUAAAAAAGAUAACUUGUGUAUAGAAACUUAUAGAUAGCUAUAAGAACAUACAUAUUUUAUGUUUAGUUCGCUGAUAUCCAAAGUAACGUCAUAAUAAUAAAACUUUAUGUCCGUGCUGAAUACGACGGAAAUCUUUUCAUAAUUUUCCUUUAUCAUUCCUUUAUGAACGUAAUAAUUAUAUAUUAAUAAUAAGUAAGCAAGUAAGUAAUAUUAUUAAGCUUUUUUUACUGAUAAUGACAUGUUAAUGAAUAAAAAAUAU